UCAGCUGUGGGGUUCAAACAGAUCUGCUCACCACAAACUAUGUUGCUGUUGUAAACAACCUCAGCGUCCCCAGUUAACUAACCACAGUGCAUACCCGGAGCUCUGGACACUUGUGUUCCUUUAGUUGUAGGAAAAGCUUAAUGUCAGUAACAUGGGACAUCAGGUGAUAAUAUUUGACAUUUCUGUCGUAAGAGGCUUCUGGGAAACUCAAGUCAAGAAGUAUAAAGAAAUUCGAAAGAAGGAGAAGGAAAGAUUAGCACAAAGCUCAUUAGAGAAGAUAAAGCAAGAAUGGGACUUUGUACUAGAGUGCAGAAAGAAAGGCAUUCCACAAUCUGCAUACCUAAAGAAUGGUUUCAUAGAUACCACUGUGAAGAUUUUGGAUAAAACUGAGAAGAAAACUCAGCUCUGUAAGAAGAGUACUUUGUCAGACGAAACAGAUAAAGAAAGAAGCAAGUUUAUUUUUCAACUUUCUGGAGAGCACUGGACGGAAUUGCCAGAUUCAUUGAAAGAACAGACACAUCUGAAAGAAUGGCAUAUCUGCAAAACACAGAUACAAACCAUUCCAGCCUACAUUGCCCUGUUUCAAGAGCUGAAAGUAUUGGAGUUAUCAAAUAACCAGAUCACACAUCUUCCAGUUGAAAUUGGUGUUUUAAAACAACUGAAAGAACUCAAUGUAAGUUUUAAUAAUUUGAAGAGCAUCCCUCCAGAACUGGGAAACUGUGAGAAUCUGGAAAAACUGGAUUUGGCUGGAAAUAUAGAACUUACAGAGCUCCCAUUUGAACUAAGUAACUUGAAACAAGUCACGUUUGUGGAUGUGUCAACAAACAAGUUCCCCACUAUUCCAAUUUGUAUACUUCGGAUGUCAAAUUUGCACUGGCUGGAUAUUAGCAACAACAAACUGAAAGAUCUCCCACAAGAUAUAGACAGGCUCAGUGAACUGCAGACAUUUCUCCUGCAGAAAAACAAGCUGACUUAUCUUCCACGAGCUUUGCUCAAUAUGCCAAAGCUCAGCUUACUGGUGGUUAGUGGUGAUGAUCUGGUUGAGAUACCCACCGACGUUUGUGAAUCACCCACAGGUUUAAAAUUUAUAAGCCUUAAGGAUAAUCCUCUUGAAACAUUCUUGUAUCACGAUACUGAAGACAACGUAGAAAGUGAACGUGAUCGAGAGCAAUUUGAGAAAGAAUUUAUGAAGAGCUACAUUGCAGACAUAAGAGGAAGAGAAUCUAUGCCUUGCUAUACUACAAAGGUAUCAUUUACUAUCCAGCUCUGAAGAUCAGAAAUCUCUAAGACACUAUGGGAUACCAGAAAAACUCAAUUUUUGUCUGUGAUUGGAAGACAUUGAUAUCAUGGAGAGUUAUAAGAGGCUCUUAAAUAAUGAUUACCAUACUUGCUUUCAAUAACUACAGACAAAAUUGCAAGGACUAAAUAGUUUUCAUCAGAUGAAAUUUCACUUUUUAAAUCAACACAUUUAUUUUCAAGUCAACAGCAACAAGCAGUAAAUUAUACAUGGCUAAGGCCCUCAUCAUGCAAACACAUACAUGUGAUGUACUUCAUGACUGUGAACAGUACUAUUGCAAUCAAUGGGGUUACAGUAGUAAAGUUAAGCAGGUAUGUGUUUGCAGGAUAGGGGCCUUAAACAGUAUCUGGUAUAUAUUCUGUUGCAGUUCAGCUGAAAAAAGAUUUGUUCCUGUGCAAACAGUGGAAGUGUUAAUGCUUUAGAAAAUGCAUGUGUAAUAUUAUAUUUUAAAGACCAAAUAACUAAUUCAAUUGUUUGCAAUAGUUCUUGAUGGUAGGUUUAAAUACAUUGUUUAUGGGUGAAGUUUUUACUUUCUGCUGUUCAGAAAGGUCCUACUCUGGUUUUUCAGUUUAAAUAUAUUCUAGCAAGUAGACACUCAGUAUGGAGUCUGUGAAAAUACCGUUGCUUUUUUCAUUAUAUUACAAGAAUUUAAAUGAUCACAAAUAUUAGUACACAGGUGACUGGAAUUUUUGCAGUAAGCAAUUUUUAAAUAAUAGGACUUCAAAGAAAAAUAAUCUCUGGGAAGAAGUUUCAAUGAAUAAAACAUCAUGAAAAUAUUUAAAAACCAAGUGCUUUGACUAAUAAUGAUAGUUCUCAAUUACAGUAAUUUUGUUGGUAUAACAAUGAAUUGUUUUUGUAUGUAAUGCAAAUGCCUUAGUUCUAUAAGUAUGAUGAUUUUGCUGGUUAUGAUAUUUGUUUUGCUUGUUUUGUAAUCUGUUAUACAUAAUUUUGUAAGUGUAAAUACUAUAGAAUGAUUUAGUUUUGCAUAUGAAUAUUUUUCAUUUAUUAAAUCAACUUUUAAUCUAAAAAUACUAAUUGAAACUUGAAGCCAUUUAAUUAAAAUCAUCCUAAACUGUGUAAGUGUGAAUGUGGCAGAAACAUGUAAUAAAGAGUAGUAACAUCAUGAGGAUGACAUGUAACAGAAGAGUGAUAGCUCCGCUAUAACGGUGAGAUAAAGACCAGUUUCUGGUUAAAGUUCACCAACACCACAUGGUGAACAAAGAAGAGUAUCAGAAAUAUUACUUAGAGAGGUAACUAAAAUAAUAUUUUUAUUGCAUUUCUAAGAACAAUUUUGAAAAUAUGAUUUUACAAUAUUAAAUUAUUUUUCUACAUUUGUUUUACUGGUAAAGAUAAGGUGAGAUUAAUUGGCUCCCAAAUAUUAUGUAAAAUACCUCAGAUCAAUAAUAUAGUGUGAAAAUAAUACAACUUAUUAAACUCUAAGACCAUGAUCCUGUAAACACUUACCAACAUGCGCUACAUUAACCAUAUGAAUAGUCCUAUGACUACUCAUUUGCAUCAUGCAUGGGUACCAUUUAAUAGAUCAUAGCACUAAAAUGAUAUAAGAGAUACAGAAGUCACUGCAUGACAUUAGAAAGGGAGAAAAGGCGGAUUGUAUUUAAUUAAUACUUUAUGGCAUGGAAAAUCACAGGCUAUAUCAAUAUUAUUUUAGUUUCUCUCCUUUAUUUACUGAUUUUGUGUAAACAACAGUUGUGGAAUGCCAGUUUUCAGCAAACAUAUUUUUGUUGCUUAUGCCUUUAUGGCUUUUGCUAAAAAGAAUAUUUUAAAUUAAUUUAUUUUCAGGUUUAAAGACUCAGAUAAUACAAUUAUC